AUGCUCUGCGCGCUGCCCGUCGACGAUGCGGAGAACGUCGACGACCUCGUGGAUCGGGUGCUCGGGUCCGACCGCGCGUCGGACAAGACGCUGCUCUUGGAGCUGGUGAAGCUGCUCGAGUCGAUCGCGGAGCACGCGAGCGCGGUGCGCGUCCAGGAGAAGGUUCUGGAGAUCAAGGAGCGCGAGUUCGGGCGCGACCACGUGCAGGUGGUCGUCACGCUGGAGUGCCUCGGGUGCGCGCACGGCCGCCUCGGCGACAACGCCAAGAAGCGCGAGCUCCUCGAGCGCGCGCUCGCGAUCAACGAGCGCGAGUUCGGCCGCGACCACGUGGAGGUGGCCAUCACGCUGGGGAACCUCGGGAACGCGUACAGCGACCUCGGCAACGCGGCGAAGUCGCGCGAGCUCUACGAGCGCGCGCUCGCGAUCAAGGAGCGCGAGUACGGCCGCGACCACGUGGAGGUGGCCAAGACGCUGAACAACCUCGGGAACGCGCACGGCGACCUCGGCAACAACGCGAAGAAGUGCGACUUCCUCGAGCGCGCGCUCGCGAUCAAGGAGCGCGAGUACGGCCGCGACCACGUGCAGGUGGCCAGCACGCUGGUGAACCUCGGGGUCGCGUACGGCCGCCUCGGCAACAAAGCCAAGAAGCGCGAGCUCCUCCUCGAGCGCGCGCUCGCGAUUUUCGAGCGCGAGUACGGCCGCGACCACGUCCAGGUGGCCAGCACGCUGGUGAACCUCGGGAACGCGUACGGCGACCUCGGCGACGACGCCAAGAAGCGCGACCUCCUCGAGCGCGCGCUCGCGAUAUUCGAGCGCGAGUUCGGCCGCGACCAUCCGCACGCCGCGCUUUGCCGAAGGUUGCUCGGGGGUUGA